AUGGAAGAAGAGCUCAAGAUCUUCAUCAAGGUUUGGGUUUCUGCAAUAAUCUCCAUAUCUUAUUGUUACUACUUAUCAGCCAGAAUCAAACCUGGCGUUUUUCGAUUACUUUCUCUUCUUCCUGUUUGUGCUCUGUUUCUUGUUCUUCCUCUGUUUUUCUCCUCUGUUCACUUCACUGGCUCCACUGCGUUUUCCCUCACAUGGCUCGCCAAUUUCAAACUCAUACUCUUCUCCUUCGAUAAAGGCCCUCUAUUCCCAGUUCCUCCUAAUCUCUCUCAGUUCAUCUGCUUCACUUGCUUCCCCAUCAAGCGUCAACAAAACCCUAAAUCUCAUAAUCAUUUGCCCAAAUGGGUUUUCGCCGUAAAAGUUGCCAUCUUUGGUGUUUUGUUACGUAUGUAUGAUUACAAACAACAUAUGUCUCCUACUCUGCUAUUAGUUCUCUAUUCUAUGCAUAUAUACUUGGAGUUUGAGAUUCUCUUAGCUCCCCUGAAACUUGUGCUCAGUAUCAUUCUUGGGUGCGACCUCGAGCCGCAGUUCAACGAACCAUACUUAGCCACAUCUCUUCAAGACUUUUGGGGUCGCCGGUGGAACCUCAUGGUCUCUGCGAUCCUCCGACCGACCGUCUACAUUCCGGUGCGACGAAUCACCGAACGGAAAAUGAACUCCGAUCAGGCACGGUUCUUGGGAGUCUUUGCAUCGUUCCUCGUCUCCGGUGCAGUUCACGAGCUGAUCUUCUUCUAUUUUACACGUGAAUCACCUACCCGGGAAGUCACUUUGUUCUUUGUGUUACAUGGCGUUUGCACGGCCGCGGAAGUAGCUGCGAAGAGGACGAGUUUUGUGAGGCACUGGAGGAUUCAUCCGAUGGUUUCACGGCUGCUCACGGUGGGGUUUGUGGUUGUGACCGGUGGUUGGUUGUUUUUCCCUCAGCUUACAAGGAGUGGCAUGAUCGAGAGACUCUCUAACGAAGCCUUUUUGUCCAUUGAUUUCGUAAAGCGCGAGUUUUAUUUAACUUUUGGUUGGGUAAUAAGUCGCUAA